AUGGACGUGCGUGCCCAACCUCAGGGCGACGCUCACGAGGACCGCCUCGUCGGGCAAAAGGAGGCCAAGGACCUCGACCGGGUCGGGUGUUCCCAGUCAUGUCCAGUGUCCCUCAAGUAUUCCCAGUCAAGCCCAGUGUCCCUCAGGUGUUCCCCGUCAAGCCCAGUGUCCCUCAGGUGUUACCAGUCAAGCCACGUGUCCCUCAAGUGUUCCCAGUCAAGCCCAGUGUUCCUCAGGUGUUCCCAGUCAAGCCCAGUGUUCCUCAGGUGUUCCCCAGUCAAGCCCAGUGUUCCUCAGGUGUUCCCAGUCAAGACCAGUGUUCCUCAGGUGUUCCCAGUGAAGCCCAGUGUUCCUCAGGUGUUCCCGGUCAACCCCAGUGUCCCUCAGGUGUUCCCAGUCAAGCCCAGUGUCCCUGAAGUUCAAGCCAGUGUCCCUGAGGUGUUCCCAAUCAUGUCAGUGUUCCUCAGAGUGUUCCCAGUCAGACCCAGUGUCCUUCAAGUGUUCCCAGUCAAGCCUAGUGUCCCUCAGGUGUUCCCAGACAAACCUAGUGUCCAUCAGGUGUUCACAGUCAAGUCUAGUGUCCCUGAGGUGUUCCCAGUCAAGCACAGUGUCCCUCAGGUGUUCCCAGCCAAGCCUAAUGUCCACCAGGUGUUCCCAGUUAGGUGUUCCCAGUCAAGACCAGUGUUCCUCAGGUGUUCCCAGUCAAGCCCAGUGUUCCCAGUCAAGCUCAGUGUCCCUGAAGUGUUCCCAGUUAGGUCCAGUGUCCCUCAGGUGUUCCCAGUUAAGCCCAGUGUUCCUCAGGUGUUCCCGUUCAACCCCAGUGUCCCUCAGGUGUUCCCCAGUCAAGUGUUCCCAGUCAAGUCCAGUGUCCCUCAGGUGUUUCCAGUCCAGCUCAAUGUCCCAGAAGUGUUCCCAGUCAAGCCCAGUGCCCCUCAGGUGUUCCCAGUCAAGCCCAAUGUCCCUGAGGUGUUCCCAGUGUUCCCAGUCAUGUUCAGUGUCCCUGAGGUGUUCCCAGUCAUGUCCAGUGUUCCUCAGGUGUUCCCAGUCAAACCAGUGUCCCUCAUGGGUUCCCAGUCAAGCCCAGUGUCCCUGAGGUGUUCCAAUCAUGUGUUCACAGUCAAGUCUAGUGUCCCUGAGGUGUUCCCAGUCAAGCGCAGUGUCCCUCAGGUGUUCCCAGCCAACCUAAUGUCCACCAGGUGUUCCCAGUUAAGUCUAGUGUCCCUCAGGUGUUUCCAGUCAAGCCUAGUGUUCCCAGUCAAGCCCAGUGUCCUCAGGUGUCCAGUCAAGUCCAGUAUCCCUCAGGUGUUCCAGUCAAGUCAGUGUUCCUCAGGUGUUCUAGUCAAGCCUAGUGUCCUUCAGGUGUUCCCAGUCAAACCAGUGUCCCUCAGGUUCUCAGUCAAGCCUAGUGUCCCUCAAGUGUUCCCAGUCAAGUCCAGUGUCCCUCAGGUGUUCCCCAGUCCAAGUGUUCCCAGUCAGUCCAGUGUCCCUCUGGUGUUCCCAGUAGAGCCUAGUGUACCUGAGGGGUUCCCAGUCAGUCCACUGUCCCUCAGGCGUUCCCAUUCAAGUCCAGUGUCCCUAGAGGUGUUCCCAGUCAAGUCAGUGUCCUUCAGGAGUUCCCAGUCAAGCCCAGUGUCCCUGAGGUGUUCCCCAGUCAAGGCCAGUGUCCCUGAGGUGUUUAGUCAAGCCCAGUGUCCCUCAGGAAUUCUCAGUCAAGCCCAGUGUCCCUGA